AUGUCUUACUAUCCGAAUCAGUACCCAAAUGGAGCACCAGGAUACUCCCCUUAUGGACAACAGUAUCCACAUCGUCCUCCACCGCCAGCACCGUUUGUUCAACCGAUGCCGGUAGUUGUCCACGAUUCACAUAAUCAUGGACACCAUCAUGAUCAUCACGAUCAUCACCACUACGAUCACCAUCAUCACGAUCAUCACCACGAUCAUCACCACCAUGAUCAUCACCACCACUGUUAG